AAGAAAAAGUUAGGAAAAAAACUCGUGGGUCUGGGCGCAAGGCGCUCGGACAGUGACAACGUAUCCUGACAAGGAACACUCAGCACAGAAUAAAGCCGAUCAUGCUUAUAUCAUGCACGAUAGCCAGAGCGUAAUACAGCGACGAAACAGUCAUGCCUCUAAGCACGCUCGGCUUUAAUCGGUUACUCUCGGCUCGAGCGUAACAGGACACCGAUCGUAACGGGACAAUGAGUCAUACUUUUUUGCGAAUGCCUCCUAGUGUUACCGAUUUAUAAGACGUUGUCACGUCAAAAAGGUUGAGCAGUUCAUAAAGAUUACAAAAGAAUAAAAAGUCCUGGAAGAAAAAGGCUUAUUCCACCACUGCAAGAUGGUGAAUGUGUAGCGGAUGGUCAGGGAAUAUGUAGCAAUAGUUACAAUUCUAACUUGAUUUUAAGAAUACUGGCAUUACUGAUAUGGAUAUCUCUUAUCGUGCAAAACAAAAUCAGAAUGUGUCCAUAGCAUUAUCACAUUUCCAGUUCAUGUGUCGCAAUUUUAAACAUAAAAGAAGAAGGAAUUUCUUUAAAUUUUCUGGGCCUCAACUAUGGGAUUGAAAAGAUUUUUCAAGUUACUUUACCUGGCUUCCUUCUUCGAAGAAAUAUUGUGCAAAGUUGUCAAUUAUCAGCCUAUUUUAUACUACGAACCUGAACAAGUUCACAUCUCAUUCGGAAACAAUAUAGAAGACAUUGUUGUAACAUGGUCUACAUUUACUGCCACUCCAGAAUCUGUUGUGCAGUAUGGCAUUGGCGGUUUUACUAACCGUGCAGUUGGCUACUCUAGAAAAUUUGUUGAUGGAGGGCCGAUGAAACAUACUCAGUAUAUCCAUCGUGUCACCCUGCCUGGGUUGAUGCCGAAAACCAAAUAUUCGUAUUAUUGCGGAAGCAACUUGGGCUGGUCAGAUGAGUUUUGGUUCAUUACAGUUGACAAUUCGACAAAUUGGUCACCACAUUUGGCUGUUUUUGGAGAUAUGGGCAAUGUGAAUGCAAGAUCGCUUCCAUAUUUGCAAAAAGACACACACAAUAAUGUUUACGAUGCUCUACUUCAUGUUGGAGAUUUUGCUUAUGAUAUGAAAUUUGAUGAUGGGCAAGUAGGAGAUGAAUUUAUGAAGCAGAUUGAGCCAAUAGCAGCAUAUCUACCAUACAUGGUCGCCCCUGGAAAUCACGAAGAAUCAUACAAUUUCAGCCAUUAUCGAGAAAGAUUUUCCAUGCCUGGUCCAAAUGAGAAUCUGUUUUACAGCUUUGAUCUCGGUCCUGCCCAUUUCAUAAGUUUAAACACUGAGGCUUACUAUUUUAUUUAUUACGGUAUAAAAAUCCCAAUCAAACAGUAUUUGUGGCUUCUUGAGGAUUUGAAGAAUGCGACAAAACCAGAAAACCGUGCAAAACGUCCUUGGAUUAUUACAUACGGGCACCGUCCUAUGUAUUGCUCUGAUGAUGAUAAUGAUGAUUGCACAAAACAUAGUUCAAUGGUCCGUACCGGUUUCCCAAUACUUAACUGGUUUGGCUUGGAAGAAAUGUUUUAUAACUAUACUGUUGAUGUUGAGAUAUGGGCACAUGAACAUUCGUAUGAACGCCUUUGGCCAGUGUACAAUCAUGAGGUGAAAAAUGGCAGUUACAAAGAGCCUUACAAAAACCCUAAAGCCCCUGUCCACAUCAUCACAGGAUCUGCAGGUUGCCAGGAAAAUACCGACAAGUUUGUUAAAAACCCAAUGCACUGGUCUGCAUUUAGAUCGAGUGACUAUGGGUUCACAAGGUUGAAAAUUUACAAUAGAACGCAUUUGCACAUUCAACAAAUCUCUGUGGAUAAGAAUGGAGAUGUGAUUGAUGAUAUUUGGAUUAUUAAAGAUAGUCACGAUCCUUAUGAAAAAUAAUGAAAGUUCCUAGAAGAAAUAAAAUCACUCUAAAAUGAUAUUAUCUCACUAAAAAGUAUCUUUUGUUUUGUAAAUCAAUGUGCAUAGUAGGUAAUU